AGGGGCUGACAAGUUAUUCGGUCGCACACGCACCAGGCGAGGACUUGCCCAAGUCCGGCCUGGGCCAGUGUUGUUCGGUCGCUCGGCGAGCGCGGUUCCCGCGCGACUGAUGGCGUCAUCUGUGGAAAGCCAGGCGAAACUGCGUGAAUCAGCGCGAUAACAGUGAAUGACUGUGGGACUUCUGCAUUGUGAAGUGACGUAGAACAAUACCCGGUAUGCAAGAUCGCUUCGAAGAAGUUUCACUGCAUUUCGGAGACCCAGGUUUUCGUGUACUGCUUGGCUGACUCAGGUUCAGCCAACCAGUGCCGCCGCAGUCAUGAUGGAGAUGGAAAAGGAGCGGCGGAGCAGGGAGCGGCCUCUGAGAUCCAGCUCCGCCGCCAUGGGCGCCACGCAGCAGCAGCAGCGCGAAAGGCCGACCCGGACCGUGGUGGCGCCGGUGGCGGCGCGAGAGUCGCGGCAAAAGGAAGUGGUGGCGGUGAUUGCGCGCGAGGUGCGCCAAAAGGAAGUGCAAGUGUUGCGGAAGAAAAACCAGGAGCUCACCGACAUCACGCGGAAGCUGGAGGAAAAGGUCAAGAGCUUGGAGCAGUGGUUGUUUUGUAACGAACCCGAGAAGUUCGGAGUAUAUAUCGUGACGAUGGAAAUUCGGUAG